CACACCAUCCCCCGAGCUGCCUCCUGGAUCUGGCUCCGGAUCUGGAUGCGGGCAUCCUUUGGAUUUUGCGCUUAACAACACGGACCCCUACUGGAAAGAAAACUUAAUCGGGACAACAAUGGUGGCUGAAUACGCGGCUGCUGGUCGUUUAGGGGACCGGGGAGUGCGCUCGGUGUGACAUUCACUUGCACGCUGGUGUGGAGUUUUUAUUGUUCUGGUCCCGUAGACGCAGAGGCACAGCGGCGAAUCUGUGGAGAAGAUGUUGAGCCGAUUCAUGAGUGGCAGCCUCAGGAAUCUGGAGCGGGAAUACAGCUGCACUGUCAGGCUGCUGGACGAUUCGGAAUAUACGUGCACCAUUCAGCGGGAUGCAAAAGGACAGUAUCUGUUUGACCUCCUCUGCCACCAUCUAAACCUACUGGAGAAAGACUAUUUUGGAAUCAGAUAUGUGGAUCCAGACAAGCAGCGGCACUGGUUGGAGUUCACCAAGUCAAUUUCAAAGCAGAUGAAAUCUCAGCCUCCGUUCACCAUGUGUCUGAGAGUAAAGUUCUACCCUCCUGAUCCUGCUGCUCUCAAGGAGGAAAUCACUCGAUAUUUGGUCUUCCUGCAGCUAAAGAGAGACCUCUAUCACGGUCGUCUCCUGUGCAAAACCUCAGACGCUGCCAUGCUGGCUGCCUACAUCCUUCAAGCUGAGAUUGGUGAUUACGACCCUGGGAAGCAUCCUGAAGGUUACAGCUCCAAAUUCCAGUUCUUUCCCAAGCACUCGGAGAAACUGGAGCGCCGGAUCGCAGAAAUACACAAAACUGAGCUGAUUGGACAGACUUCUGAAACAUCAGAGCGAAAUUUCCUGCUGAAAGCCCAGAUGCUGGAGACAUAUGGUGUUGAUCCGCAUCCAUGUAAGGAUGUGUCGGGGAACCCGGCUUUUCUCGCCUUCACGCCAUUUGGCUUUGUGGUUCUUCAGGGAAACAAGAGAGUUCACUUUCUUAAAUGGAACGAGGUGUCCAAGCUCAAAUUUGAAGCCAAGACUUUCCACAUAUAUGCAAAUCAGAAGGAGGACAGAAAGAUUAUUUUAACAUACUUUGCGCCCACGCCAGAGGCAUGCAAGCACCUUUGGAAGUGUGGUGUGGAGAAUCAGGCGUUUUACAAGCUUGAGAAGUCCAGUCAGGUUCGCACUGUCUCCAGCAGCAACCUGUUCUUCAAGGGCAGCCGUUUCCGCUACAGUGGAAGAGUAGCAAAAGAGGUAAUGGAGCAAAGUGCCAGAAUCAAACGUGAACCUCCAGAAAUACACAGGGCUGGCCUUGUGCCCAGUAGGAGUUGUCCAUCUAUCACCCAUGGGCCUCGCCUCAGCAGUGUUCCCCGUACACGUCGGAGAGCUGUGCACAUAUCUAUCAUGGAAGGUCUGGAGUCUUUGCGUGACAGUGCCCACUCUACACCGGUGCGUUCGGUGUCCCAUGGAGAGUCUUUCCUACCCCGGUCCCGCAGUCACGCUACAGAUGCCAGCGAGGGGAUGGCAGUCAUCUCGGAUGAGGCCUACAGUCCCUCAGAUAGCGUCCUUCCCACCCCGGUGGCCGAACACAGCACAGACACGGCCGUCUCACGCCAAAUAAACGGCGCGCCUUGCAGCAUCGAGGAGGAAAAGGAGUCAGAGGCGGGCACCCCGAUGCGUGGGGACGGGGGUGAUUUCGGGGCAGAUGGUAGAGCUGCACAGGAGGGAGCAGGGGAGGACUCAGCCCUGAGCGAGGUGGAACAGGUGAAUAAGUUUGUCUUAAGCGUCCUCCGUUUGCUCCUCGUCACCAUUGGACUCCUUUUUGUUUUACUCCUCCUCCUCAUCAUCCUCACAGAGUCAGACCUUGACAUCGCAUUUUUAAGCGACAUCCGUCAAACCCCCGAGUUUGAACAGUUCCAUUAUGAAUACUUUUGUCCCCUCAGGCGGUGGUUCGCCUGCAAGCUCCGCUGGGUGGGCGGGUUGCUCAUUAACAACUGAGGGUGCGGUUGUAGCGUCACAAAGCCCGUUCAGGUUUGUGAGAAGACGGUUAGGAGUCUGGAGUGUUGAAGGACAACUUCAUCCGAACCAAGAACCCAGCUUCUCAUCUUCCUCUUGCAGAAAACAAAACAACUUGGACCUCUCCUUCAAUCACUAAGCCAGGAUCUUUCUCCCACCACCUCAACUCUUUAGUUGCAUACCUAUCCCUCCUACUACCAUGUUUCUUUUUUUGCUUAGCAAAGCCUGAAGACAUUUUUUGCGUUUUUUAUGUCAUUUCAGGAACUUUAUUUUUUACAAAAAACACAAAAGAAAAAAAAAUAAAUUAUGAAAAUAAGUAACUGAGGAACCUAAAAUUUAUAUUUCUGUGGAAUGGAAUAUGCUGAUUUUUUUUUGUGAUUUUUUUAUUUUUGUCUUGGCAUGGAUUAGAGUUGCAGAUGGUUAUUUAUUUCUGAGAAGCAUACAGUGGGUUGUGAAAGGCUAAAUACCGUAGUUGCAAGGUUUUAUGUUUUUAAAAAGGUUGGAUCAUGACAAAUAAUUUAAAGACUUUUUCCAUCUUUAAUGUGACUUAUUAAAUUUUUCUUCAUUUUUCUAACAUCUGUUAGAAAAAGAUAAAGUUGUUCGCCCACCAUUAACCUAAUACUUUGUUGAAGUAGCUUUUGCCUCAGUUUCAGUACUCAGUCUGUGGUACACAAAUGUGCAGACAUUUUUCAGAAAUUAUUGAAAGCUGUGAUGGUAAUUAUUCUGGGAGGCUGCCAAGAGGCUGACAUCAGAACCGAAUAGGCUGCAGAAAAUCUGCAAAAUACUAGCUGUGCUCAACAGUGUAGUAUAUUUUUUUUAUAUAUCUCUACAUUUGUAACUAAGGUGACAAAGGAAGACAUUUUCCCCAAACAAAAAUCACUGGACAGUUUUAAAAGAACAUCAUUCACACAGCAGCAGUAGCGGCAGCAUCAUAAUCUGGUGUUACUUUUCUUCAUGGAAAGAAAGCAGUUCCAAACACAUUCAGGUAUAAGAAAAAUUAAAAUUUCGGCAUUCCAGCAUGCAUCCAAAUCAACACAUGAAUGGCUUCAAUGAAGAAAAAAUAAAGUGUUGAUUUAUACAGCAGCUCACAAAGUCUUUUGGUUCACCUGCAGAGGGUUAUGAACAGGAUUUGUCUUCAGAAUGGGAGAGUAAUCCAAUAUUACCAAGUCAUGAUGUGGUAUGCUGACGAGACUGGAUGGUGAAACUGAAUGAAAAGAUGCUUCUGCAAGGUAUUAGUUUCAGUUUAUACACACUCCUGCAAUCAAGUAUGGCACAUUAUUUGUUUCUAGAUUUUUCCCCUAACAGAUUUAUAUUUUCUGUUAAAUUAUACAGAGCAAUAUCACAUAAUGUAACAUGUUCUAACAAAAGAAAAUCUGCCUUUUUAUCAGGGGUGCUUAGAUAUUUGAGAGCCACUGUAUGUAAUGAAGAGAAGACAGGGAGGUAAUGAAUGUUAAUCCAGGAAGUUGAUUCGUCUUCAAGAGAUGCAAGCGAGUUAAGAGUCUGGAAAGGUCAACUGCUGUGAUGGAGUCAAGGUCUUUUGAUGUCUAGUCAUUUUUAUAAGAAGACAAAGAGCUGGUUAAACUCUUUAUAAAAGACCGAGAGGAAUAGCCUGAAAAGGGAGAAGUGAAAGAGAUGUUAAAAUGGAAAACAGACAGGGUGAUUACCAAAUGCCUUUUUUUGAAAACAUAUUUAUGACUGCUUAGAUUUUUGGGGGCAAUGGCUUAAGUCUUGUUGAACAUCCAUAUACAGUUCUAUACAAGGUCAGCUGAUGGAUAUGAAAGUAGUUUUUCAAUUAUUUUCUAAGAAUCCAGUGAACUAAAGCCGUAGUGUCAUGUGGCCCGAUAGUGUCUGAUGCAAUUAGAGAAUUCCUCACGAUGAGCAAAGAUUCACUGGCACUAGUAGAUACUGUUCUAGCUAGAUGUGCAAUGCUGAUGUGAUUUUUAUUAAGUACUUUGAAUGUGCUCAUUUAUUUGCUUUUAUUUGAUUUUUUUGUUUGUUUGUUUUCAUCAAAUUGAAAUUCAAUGAAUUUCAGUUACUUUUUUUAUGAAGAGCUUGAUCUAUUUUGGUUUCAGCCUUGCCCUUCAGUUUCUGUGUUAUACUAUAUUAUUAUAACUACUAGAAUAAGAGCAUUGAUGUACAUUUUUGUACAAAAUAGUUUGUUUCCUAUUAUAUAUCGACAGUUUUUUUUCCAUGUAUAUUUUACCAGAACUGAAAUGUUAUUUUAUUAUUGAAGAUUAAAUUAUACCUUUUUUAGCAACCGCGUUUCAAGUGAGGUCAGAUGCGUUGGAGACGUUAAAGGAGUUGGGGAAAAAAAAUGUUGAACGGGACUUUUUAUCAAGAUUCACUCACCAGUUAUCACAUCUCCCUUCACUACCAAUAGUCAGUCUAAAGUCUGCAGUGUAUGUGUAGUUAUUACAGAUAAACAUCAAAUAUAAUUUAUUGUUGUCGAUCAUUGAAAAAUACAAUUUUUAUCUGAAGUUAUUUUUUUCGUGAAAGAGAUACAGCACCCUCAAUACUUCCUGUCUUUUUUUUUUGUAAAGAUGUGUAAAAAGUCUUAAAAUGGAUUAGACUUUCAUGAUAGUAACACAAGUUCACACUUAAUUUUUUUAAGAGACAAGUUUUAAUUUGUUUGAAUUUAUUCAGUGGGGCCAAAAAUACAUUUUUAGGAAAGGACAACUUUUUAAAAAAUCCCAGCUGUAGAACCUUUUACCACUCAGACAGCUAUUAGCCUUCAUUUCACAAUGUUUAAGCAUCCAGACUCUUAGGUUUCUUUUAUGCAGUUUUCUCAACUCGCCCCUGAGGUUUUAUAUAAUAUUUAUGACUAAAAUGGUCAAAGAAAAAGGUCGAUUUGAUGUUUUCUGAACAACUUCUGUUUGUUUUUGGUAUGUUUUGGAUCACGUUUCUGAUGAAAGGCCCCAAAAUUACCUAUUUCCAGUUGACUAUUAGAAACCAUCAUAUUUUUAUGUAAAAGGCUCCUGGCAUUUCAAAGAGUUGACACAAACUGUCUUGAAGAUUAAACAGACCCACAGCAUCACAUGUCCUCUAUCACAGCUAAAACUGAGUAUUUCAUCAUAUAGGUCUAUUUUCCUUUCAAAUAGAAUAUUAUGAGUACAUGGCACUAUAAACUCUUCAAAAUACUCAGAAAAUAGAAAGAACCAGAGACUCACAGUUCCUCCAUCUGACUUAUCAACAGUGAUGAGAUACUUCCACAGACUCUUCCUCUAUUUCCCAUCUCAGACUUGGUUACUCAAUGAUGCUUCUCUACUGCAGUUCUCCAACAUCUCACCGCUCUUCUAAUUGUGUCCAGUGGUUAAAAGAAAUAAGCCUAUUUGUCAUAUUUACACACUAGAUAAAUAAAUCGUCUUGGAUUACCAAUUAAAAUAAAUUAUGUAGUAAAAAUGCUCAGAUUAUCUUUCAGUGAUUCUUGAGAAGUGGGACAAAAUGGGUUUAAAUUUUCCCCCUAAAAAGUGAAAUUAUUUCUCAAGUCAUAUUUGUACACAAAUAUGACAUAAUGUUUUGGAAAUGUAAAGAUGCUAAGGUGCAGGCUCCCAGUUGCAACAUUUUAUUGAAAAUGACAUUUUUAAUGGACCUGACGUAGAACUUUGUCAUCACCAUCUGACAAAAAUAAAUAUAAAAUUACUUUUAAUGACCCUAUUAGUGAUAUUUUUACUCAAGAAUCAUUGCUUUAUUUGAAAGAAGUGAAUGCCAAUAACUGUUUUUCCUGACAUUACAAAUGUAAUCAUAUUAAAGACGCAAGUUGUUUUUUUUCUAUUUCCAUGUGAGAUUAUGGUAGCACACUAAAAAGUGAUUUAUUUUAAGGUCUCUUA